AUGCUGUCCUGCCAAGAAAUCGAGGUGCUUCCUAAGAAGCGGCACACCAGCAAGUUUCCCCAGCGGUUGCGUCUACUUCGGCUACUGGCAUGCGUUGUUGAGCGACCCAUCAUCCCUAAUGUGCGCUUUGCCCUGCAAACUAUCACUGACGCCGACUCCCGCUUGAAGUUCCGAUUUGACGUCGCUGGCGUCCAACGCCUUGUGGUCGCCCUGAGAUUGCCCGAAGUUGUUGUGACAUCGUCCCGCGAUCGCUGUCUUGCUUCGGAAGCUCUUUGUAUCACGCUCUGCCGCAUGUCCUACCCUCGCCUCUACUACGACAUGAUGGCGACGUUUGACCGGUCACGAGAGUCUAUUUGUCGUAUCUUUAACUACGUAAUAGACUUCUUGUUUGACAAGUGGAAAGAACUGCUGUACUUUUGCGACUCUAUCGUCGUUCCAAGACUCGUGAUCAAGUUUGAAACAUGCCGCAUCACUCAAAAGCGCGACCGUGUUGCAUCAAGUUUUGCCGACCUGCAGCGGUUGAUCUACAGCGGCCACAAGCGCAGACCCUGCCUGAAUUGUUUUCAGGCAGUGACUGCUCCAGACGGACUGUGUGUGCACUUUUGGGGGGCGGCCGAGGGGUCGCGACAUGACACCACGCUCUUGCGGCUGAGCAAACUCGAAGCGUAUUUGGUCGCUAGAUGCGAUUUAUUUCGCGACGUUUUGGUUAUGAUGACCCGGCGUAUAUGGCGUGUUGGAGUGGAUAUGCUCCGGCUACAAAGGCAGUGA